GAGCUGUUGAAAUAACGAUAACUGAUAAUGAUCCCAUGAUCAUUGGAUUUACUACAAGAGUUCGGACUGUAUCAGAAGGUCAGGUACCUAGGGUGGACUUAUUCCAGCUUGAAAUAAAUGUAACCAGUGCAAGGACUGCUGAGAGGAGGCAUCCAAUGGUAUUCCGUCUUCAGCAAUCCAUAUCAAAUGCCACAGUAGAGACACUUAUAGCGUCUAGCCCAGUCUUUGAUGCCACAUUUGGUCUCAGAGAAAACCCUGAUGUCCCCAUUGAGGAGAUAAGGAAACUAGACCCAGGAUCACGGACAAUAACACCAACACUGCUAACAGCUAUUAGAAAUGACUUGAUUCCUGAGGACACA